AUGGAAAAAGAAGGAAUAAUUCAAAAAUCGAGGAGCCCUUGGAGUUCUCCAAUAGUUCUUAUUAAAAAGAAAAAUAAAAAACUCAGAUUCUGUGUAGAUUAUAGAAAACUAAAUUCUAUAACAAAGAAGGACACUUAUCUUCUACCUUACAUCGAUGAGAUGUUAGAUAAUUUAGAAAAAGCAAAGUGGUUUAUUUCACUUGAUUUAACUUCAGGAUAUUGGCAAGUCGAAGUAAAAGAAGAAAAUAAAGAAAAGACUGCAUUUAUUACAAAGUUUAGCCUAUAUGAAUUUAAUAUCAUGCUCUUUAGACUUUGUAAUGCACCUUCAACCUUCCAAAGAUUAAUGGAUGUUGUAUUAGAACCAGCUCUUUGGAAGUAUGCCAUGGUCUAUAUUGAUGAUGUAAAUAUAUAUUCAGAAACAUUUGAGAAACAUAUUGAACAUUUAAAAUCAGUAUUCGCUUUAAUUAAAAAUACAAAUCUGCGAAUUAAUCCUGAAAAAUGUCAUUUUUGUACUAAUGAAAUGCAAUUUUCUGAACAUAUUGUUAAUAUAAAUAGAAUAAAACCUAAUCCUCAAAAAGUUGAAAAACUUGAAAAACUACCUUCACCAAAAACUAUUACACAAUUAAGAGUAUUUAUAGGACUGGCAUCCUAUUACUGUCAAUUUAUAGAAAACUUCGCUAAAAAGGCUGCGCCUUUAAACAAAUUAUUACAAAAGGAUGUAUAA